UAAAACACUUGUCAAAAAAUUAGGGUCACUCAACAAUUAUUGGCUGAAGUCCCGCAUAUUAAAAAGUUUGGGCUACGACUAAUUUGUUGGUGACACACUCGGACAGAGCUAGCCAGAAGCGAGCGAAGAAGAGAAGAAUGCCUUUCAUAUCGAAAACAGAGAGGCAAUCAGAUUACAGUUCCUUCAACUCUAGUUGCCCUAUUGUCAUUGACAAUGGCGCUUCCUAUUUCCGUAUUGGGUGGGCUGGUGAGAAUGACCCUCGUGUUAUCUUCCGAAAUAUUGUUCAGAGGCCUCGUCACAAAACCACUGGUGAAACAGUAACAGUUGUUGGUGAUCAUAAUCCAGCGCUUCUGAAGUACUUUGAUUGCACGCGUUCAGGACCUCGUUCAGCAUUUGAGAGCAAUGUUGUUUAUCAGUUUGAAAUAAUGGAAUAUAUCCUGGACUUUGGGUUUGAUCGAUUAGGUGCUGAUCAGUCACAGAUUGACCAUCCUAUCUUAAUUACUGAAUGUGCUUGCAAUCCAGUUCAAUCUCGUGGCAAAAUGGCUGAGCUUCUCUUUGAGUCAUAUGGAGUUCCUUCCAUAGCAUUUGGUGUAGAUGCUGCAUUCAGUUAUAAAUACAACCAAAAGCUUGGAAUUUGUAAUGACACAGGCCUUGCAAUCAGCUCAGGAUUUACCACAACUCAUGUCAUCCCGUUUAUAAAUGGAGAACCUGUCUAUGAAGCGUGCUGUCGAACUAACGUUGGUGGAUAUCAUGUCACUGAUUAUCUGAAGCAGCUUCUUUCACUGAAGUACCCUCAUCACAUAUCAAAGCUUACAUGGGAAAGGGUUGAAGAACUGAAGAUGGAACACUGUUACGUAGCUGCAGAUUAUGCUUCAGAGGUUCAAGUAUUUCAGAGGGGGCAUAUGGAAGCUGAAGAAAAAACCAGAUGUUGGCAGCUUCCUUGGACUCCAUCACCCGCUGAAGAGCCUCCAUCAGAAGAAGAAAUUGCUAGAAAGGCAGCUUUGAAGGAGAAACAAAGUCAAAGACUGCGUGAGAUGGCUGAAGCAAAACGAUCCUCAAAAAUAAAUGAGCUUGAAAAUGAAUUAAAAGGCUUGGAAUUCCUCUUAGAGGAGCUCAAGAACAUUGAGGAUGAUGAAGUUGUGUUGUUCCUUGCGAGUAGAGGUUAUACUUCUAAACGUGAAGUGGAAUCCGCUUUUGCAAAAGUUACUCAAUCACUUCGGAAGGCCAAGGGUGAGCAAGUUCCAAGUGAAGAGAAAGUGGAUGCUUCCGCAGCUGAGAAGUAUUAUCUCAUUGAUAUACCUGAUGAUGAACUUUCAGCGGAGCAGCUGAAGGAGAAGAGAAGACAGGUGUUCCUUAAGUCCACAACUGAAGCACGGCAGCGAGCAAAACAAAAGCGUCUGGAGGAGGAGUUAGAAAAGGAGAAGGAAAAGAAACUUGAGGAACAAAAGCGCCUGGAAAACCCAGAACGCUAUUUGGAGCAGUUGCGAGCCAAAUACAAAGAGCUCUUGGAAAAACUUGACCAGCGAAAGCGAUUGAAGACAAAUGGUAACCAUUCAAAUGGCAAUAAUAAUGUUUCUGGAGGCGUCGGUCGCGGGGAGAGGUUGAAUGCUGCCCAGAGAGAGAGAAUGCGCUUGCUAACCACAGCAGCAUUUGAUCGAGGGAAAGGUGAAGAUACUUUUGGCCAAAGGGAUGAAGAUUGGCAACUCUACAAGCUAAUGAGUAGAGAAAAUGACGACGAUGACGAUGAUAAGCCAGACCAGGAUGAAGCUGAGUUGACUCGCAUCUCCUCUAGGCUUCAGGAAAUCGACCCUACAUUUUUCCCAGGAUCUGAAUCUGGAGCCUCUGCCACAGAGGCGCCACGUUUCCAUCCUCUAACAAAGGAGGAUUUUCAAAUCAUUCUUGGGGUUGAAAGAUUUAGAUGUCCUGAAGUUUUAUUCAAUCCCAACUUCAUUGGGAUAGACCAGUCGGGGUUGGAUGAAAUGGUUGGAGUGUCAUUGAGAAGGUUGCCUACUUGGGGACUAGGCUUGGAGGAUAAAAUGACAAGUUCAAUACUUGUGACUGGCGGGAGUUGUCUAUACCCAGGUAUGGCUGAGCGCUUGGAAGCAGGGAUUGGGAUGAUCAGGCCAUGUGGAACUCCUAUAAAGGUUGUUAGAGCAACAGAUCCAAUUAUGGAUGCAUGGCGUGGUGCUUCGGCCUAUGCUUCUGCGAUGCAAUUCCCACAGCAAACAUUCAGUAGAAUGGAUUAUUAUGAAAAAGGUGAAGAUUGGCUUCGAAGAUAUAUGUUUAGAUACAGAGUCUAAUUAUUCAAAGUUGAAACUGAUAGAUUUCUGUAGGUUUAGUAAACUCAGUGUGAGCUAUAUUCAAAAUGACGUGUUUCACAACUUGCAGUUAAGCAAUUUUCCUAUGGCCUGACUCCAUGAUUUUCUUUUAAUUGUCUCCUGGCACUGGGUCAGUGGAGCCGCAUUGCUAAAAGAGUUUACCUUCAAGGUCUUGCCGAACGUGCAGAUGUACGGGUGGGAUGAGUAGGUAACGUGGAACUGUUGUUCGCUAGCUAAUUGUUUGUUAUAAAUUUGCCAUUUUUUUUGCUACUGUUUAAGAGAUAUUAGCGAUAUAACAUUUCGGUUGUAUUCGAAAUUCGCUGACUAAUGCCGUCAAUAUCUGCGCCAGAACGUUAAAAGCUCAGGCGCUGUGUUCAGUUCAAUACCUAUGAAGUUGAAGGCAUACAAAAAAGAAAAAAUUAAGUACAAGUGCAUCCAACAAUGUUACAUUAGCCUCCUGUAUAUUACAUUACCAAAAAAUGAUUCAAUUGUAUAAAAUAAAUAUAUUACUUUAUAAUCUGUAGGUCAGUGCUUAUUUAACAAUAUAGAAUAAGAUGAACAGUGACUUAUCGUUCAA